UUUAUACAUGAAAUUCUUAUUAAGAUAAACUAAAUCUUUAUUUAAUGUCGAAUGAAGAUUACUUUAAAGACUCUGAUCAAGAAAAUACACAAAAAGAUCUUUUAUCAUUUGAUUUAUGUAAAGAAUUGAAUAAAGAAGCACUUUUAAAAGAAGAUUUCUGUAUAGAUGACUUUUUAAAAAAUAUAUACAAAUUUGAUACACUUGAAGAUUUACAAAUUAAAUUAAAGGAACUAUUGAAAUCUAUUGAAAAAGAUAUUUAUACAUUAACAUAUGAUGAAUAUAAUAAUUUCUUCAAAGUUGCAUGUGAUAUUCUUGAAAAUGAAAAUAGAAUAAUUGAUUUAUCAAUUCGUUUAACAAAAUUUAAAGAUGAAGUUCAAAAAAUACAUAAUGUGAUUCAACAAAAUGUUGUAAAUAUGGAUGAAGAAUUGCGUAAGAAAAAGGAACUUUAUAGAAGAAAAGCACUUGCUACAAAUCUAUUAAAUAUUAACAUGAUGAUCGAAGAUAUGGAAAAUCUUCUGUGUAUAGAUUCAAGGAAAUUUGAUGAUGUUGAUAUAAUAAUUUUGCAACAAGCAGCAAAAUCCUAUAUAUCACUUAAAUAUUAUUUAUCACUUGUUCCAUUACAGCAUCCAUUUAUAGAAAAAAGAAAGGAAAAAAUCCAAAUUGUACAAAAUAAUUUUUUUGAUUAUUUAGCUUCAACUCUUCAUAAAUAUAGGAAAGAUACUUCACAGAUAGAAAACUUGUUAAAAGUUCUUCAAAUAUAUAGAGAGAUCGACGCAUCACAAAAAGCAUGUUAUCAAUUAUGUAAAAUAAAAUAAAACAUUAUUUUAUAAAAUCGAAUGUGGAUCUAAUAUGAUUCCCAUGCCAUGGGACGAAGACAAAACUAUUUCAGCAAUAGGUGAUUUGCUUUUUAUCACUUCCUUUUUUCUAAUAACUCCAAUAUGCUCAAGAAAUAAAAGUAAAUUAGAACGUAUUUCUGAAUCACUAAAAGAUGCCUAUUAAAAACUUAGAAAUCUUUUAUUAAUAUAUUUUUAUAUAUAUACUUUUGCUAUUGGAACUCGAAUUACCCCAUUUUUCUCUUGAAAAUCUAUACCAUUCAUUUUUAUUUUAACUGCUUUACCUAUAUCUGUACAUAUAGUACCAUUUUUGACACUUGGCAUCCAAUUCUUUGAACCUGGAACUCCUGAAAUUUUCUCAAGAAGAUGACUUGAGUCUUUAUGGGCAAUACAUAUAUCAAAAUUAAUAUGACCUUGUAUAAUCUAAUA